AUGUCAGUCCGCGUGGAUGUUGCGCUCUUGAGUGGCAGGAGUGAAACUAUAGAGGUGGAAGCUGGUUCGUCGAUCGAUGCUCUGGCCCAAAAGGCUCAGGCGCUGCUGGGCGUCGGCCGCAGUAGGGUGGCGAAUUCUGCAGGACAGGUUUUGCCAGGGACAGAAACGGUCCAGCAAGCCGGUCUGCAGACUGGGGAUGUCGUGACUCUGCACACGCAACAGGUGGAAGUGGCCUGUGCGCGGUGGAAGUGCGAUGCUUCGGCGUUUGCCGCAAUCCAAGGGGAUGCGUCCGUGCUGACCUGGGGAGAUCCGGACAAUGGAGGAGACUGCUCCAGCAUUCAAGACCGGCUCGUGAAUGUCCAGAAAAUCCAGGCGUCGCUCUUUGCCUUUGCUGCCCUUCUUGGCGACGGGAGUGUUGUGACGUGGGGUAAUCCAGAUUGCGGCGGCGACAGUGCAGCUGUCCAGGAAAAGCUUAAAGAUGUUCGCGAGAUCCAGUCCAACACAGAGGUCUUCGCUGCCCUCCUCGGCAAUGGACGUGUUGUGACUUGGGGAAAUCCGGACUUCGACAAUAGCAGCGCAGUGCAAGAGCG